UGAUGGCCCGCGCCGGCCGCAGGGCUGGAUAAGAAGCCGUCGCACCGCGGGUGUGGGAGGGCGGGAGGAGAGGGCGCCUGGACGCCACGGGAGUAUGACGGGGCUGUACGAAUUGGUGUGGCGGGUGCUUCACGCUCUGCUCUGCCUGCACCGCACGCUCACCUCCUGGCUCCGCGUUCGGUUCGGCACCUGGAACUGGAUCUGGCGGCGCUGCUGCCGCGCCGCCUCUGCCGCGGUCCUAGCGCCGCUCGGCUUCACGCUCCGCAAGCCCCCGGCUGUCGGCAGGAACCGCCGUCACCACCGGCAUCCGCGAGGGAGGCCGGGCCCGGCCGCCGCCCACCCCCGGCUGCGCUGGCGCGCGGACGGCCGUUCCCUGGAGAAGCUGCCAGUGCACAUGGGCUUGGUGGUCACCGAAGAGGAGCAGGAGCCCAGCUUCACGGACAUCGCGAGCCUCGUGGUGUGGUGUAUGGCCGUGGGCAUCUCCUACAUUAGCGUCUACGACCACCAAGGUAUUUUCAAAAGAAAUAAUUCCAGAUUAAUGGAUGAAAUUUUAAAACAACAGCAGGAACUUCUGGGUUUAGAUUGUUCCAAAUAUUCACCAGAGUUUGCGAAUAGUAAUGACAAAGAUGAUCAAGUUUUAAAUUGCCAAUCGGCAGUGAAGGUGCUCUCCCCAGAAGAUGGAAAAGCAGAUAUUGUGAGAGCUGCUCAGGACUUUUGCCAGUUAGUAGCCCAGCAGCAAAAGAGAUCCACAGAUUUGGAUGUAGAUAUGUUUGGCAGUUUACUUAGUUCAGAUGGUUUCCCCGAUCCCGAUUUAGUACUGAAGUUUGGUCCUGUGGACAGCACAUUAGGCUUUCUUCCCUGGCACAUCAGAUUGACUGAGAUUGUCUCUUUGCCUUCCCACCUAAACAUCAGUUAUGAGGACUUUUUCUCUGCCCUUCGUCAAUAUGCAGCCUGUGAACAGCGUCUGGGAAAGUAGUGAUCCCUGGUUGUGUAAUUUGAUUUCAGGCUUUUGGAGAAAAGGACCCAAGUGACUCUGAUGUUUACAAAGCACCUAUGAAACCCUGUACACACCUAGUUCAUAAUCCUCAUAAUUUAUCAACAAACACAAAAAAGUGUCUUACUUGAGAGUAAGGGUAUGUGUGAAUAUGUGUGUGUGUGUGCGCGCGCGCGUGUGCGUGUGUGUGUGCAAAUAAAUUUAUAAAUGGGGGAAGUAUUGGAGAAGGAAAUACAUAGAUCUGCAACUUUGAGCAAAUAGCAGCAGUGUUUUAGGAGCUGAAAUUUCAGAUUUAAAGACUUCAGCCUCAACUACUUCCCUAUUUUUGUGGGGAGAGGAGGGGGUAACUAGAGCUAUUUGGUUGUUUUGAGCGGAGGGGAAUCGUUUUUGUUCAGUCUUUCCUAGUGACCAAACUUAAUUUUUAAGAAUAAUGUAUUGACUUAUUAAAUGGAACCGUUUUGAGUCUGAGGGAUCUCCAGAGGGAUGGAGUUCUGUGUUGGUCACAUGUUAAAAGUUUGCUCACCUUUGGAGUAGAGGGAAUACCUAUUUUCAGAUAUCCGUCCAUUUUCAUCUCAUUAUAGAUAAACAAUGUGACUUGUGAGUGUUGCUCUGAUGUCUGUGUUCUGGGUUGUGAAAAUUAUUUGAAAAAGAACUCUUACUACAUUGAAAUGUAGAAUUUAAAAAAUUUAAAUAUCAGUCA